AUGGACGCGUUCCAGGCCGUCUCGGGCUAUGUUAGCAAGAUGGUGUCGACUGGAGAUGGCGCUACUGCCUCCAACGCUGCCAAAAUGAAGAUACUGCUCUUGGACAAUGAUACUGUCUCGGUCGUAUCGUCAGCGACAACCCAAUCCGCUCUCCUGAACCACCAAGUCUACCUGACCGAUCGCUUGGACAACCACAACAGAGAGAAGAUGCGCCACCUCCGAUGCCUCUGUUUCGUCCGCCCCUCUCCCGACAGUAUCCAGUUCCUGAUAGAUGAGUUCCGCGACCCCAAAUACGGCGAAUACCACAUCUACUUUAGCAACAUAGUCAAGAAAUCCUCCCUUGAGCGCCUUGCCGAAGCCGAUGAUCAUGAGGUCGUCAAAGCCGUCCAUGAAUGUUUCGCCGAUUAUCUGGUCGUGAAUCCAGACCUUACCUCGCUCGCCCUCGAACACCGCCUCUGGAGCUCCAACCCCGAUAUGUGGAAUCAAGAAUCGCUCUCGAGAGCCACAGAAGGCGUCAUUGCUCUGCUUUUGUCUCUCAAGAAGCGUCCCAUGAUUCGCUUCCAGAAGAACAGUCUUCUUGCGAAAAAGUUAGCCACAGAGGUUCGAUACCAGAUGACCCAGGAGGAACAACUCUUCGACUUCAGAAAGACCGAUACCGCUCCGAUACUACUCAUCGUCGACCGAAGGGACGACCCCGUCACGCCAUUGCUCACUCAAUGGACAUAUCAAGCCAUGGUACAUGAACUCCUGGGCAUAAAGAAUGGCAGAGUCAAUCUCAGUCAUGUACCAGACGUCCGGCCAGAGUUCAAGGAAAUCUUCAUCAGCCAAGACCAAGAUCCCUUCUUCAAGAAGAACAUGUACCUCAAUUUCGGCGACCUUGGCCAGAAUGCCAAAGACUAUGUCGAGCAAUUCGCUUCAAAACAACAGUCAAGCCAUAAGCUCGAGUCUAUCGAGGAUAUGAAGCGAUUCGUUGAAGACUAUCCAGAGUUCCGCCGCCUAUCAGGGAAUGUUACCAAGCACGUCACAUUGGUCACAGAACUCAGUCGCAGAGUUGGCGAGGAGAAUUUACUGGAUAUCAGCGAGCUGGAACAAAGUCUUGCUUGCAACGAGAAUCACUCAAACGAUCUCAAAGCCCUACAGCGCCUAAUACAAGAUCCCAAAACACCUCCAGAUAACAAGCUCAGAUUGGUGGCCAUCUACGCUCUUCGAUACGCCUCACAUCCUUCGAACUCGACACCAGCACUUAUGGACCUCCUGGCAGUAGCCGGCGGACUCUCUCGCCAUCGUAUCAACCUGAUACCAAAACUCCUUACCUAUGCGCAUUCUUUGCAGUCACUACCACAGACUGGCGCCAUUCCGGAUCUGUUCCAACCAUCUUCUAUAUUUCAAGGAGCCAGGGAGCGCUUCAACAGAGGUCUUGGUGGCGUGGAGAACGUGUAUACACAGCACUCGCCUCGACUAGAGACAACAAUACAGGACUUGAUCAAGGGCCGUCUCCGAGACAACCAGUAUCCUUUCGUUGAAGGUGGCGGUACCACACGGGACAAGCCUCAGGAUAUCAUUGUAUUUAUGAUCGGUGGCGCAACAUACGAGGAGGCAAAGAUGGUCGCGCAGGUAAACGCGAGUAGUCCGGGUGUAAGAGUGGUGCUGGGAGGAACCUCGAUUCACAACAGUGCGAGCUUCUUGGACGAAGUUGAAGAAGCAGUCGACAGUUGGCCAGAAGCACCACCGACCAGUGCAGCAGGCAGACUGAGGAAAGAAGUUGGCAGAGGUUGA